UGAUUCUGAAAUUGCUCCACUGUUCCAACACAACUAGUGUGAAGUUAAGUGCUAAGAGCGUGCGAAAACACAUCGUAUCUCCAUGACGACGACAGCUAAGGCGUCAAUACUGACGCCUCUUCACACACCUUACAUAACCAAUACCGAACAAAACUCAAGUAUGAUGGAAAGCGACGAUAACGCUAAAGCACAGGCCAGAUCUAUUCUUGGUCCAACUAAAGAUGCCGAAUUCCUGCAAAGUUUCGUCCGCGUUGGCAUCGGUGAUGAGGAAGAUGAAGUUCCAAUACCGAAAGCUUCUAUCAGCAAGAGAGCUCCUCAGUCCGCCGACAAGGCUCGUGAAUUUGAAACGGAGGAAGAGAAACAUUCGACGAAGGACCGGAAGAGUUCUAUAAAACCGCAUAAGAGACGUGAACGAAAACAGAAACGCGAGAAACGUAGACGCGAAGAAGAACUAUACACUGAUAAAGAUCGGGCCGCCGCUGUGGUCAUGGGUUCUAAAGACAUUAAACAGUCUCUGAGCUUAAAGGACAAGGCCGAACGUAGCAGCGCCUUACAGCUGCCUGCAGAAGCAGACGCCGGCACACUGUUAGCGUUAGCACAGGCUGAGAUGAUGCGGAAACGUUACCGAACCGCUGUCUUAUUUGUAAAUAAGGCAAUAGAACUAGCUCCAGAAGAGAAGGCUGCCUACGUCGCCCGCAGCAAAUGCUACCUCCUACUUGGAGAACCACGGUCAGCUCUCAGCGAUGCAGAAGCAGCUCUAAAGUUUGACCCUAAAGAUGCAAAGGCGCUACUUCGCAAAGCCGAAGCGUUAUACUAUUGCGGAGAAUUCGAAAUGAGUCUUGUGCAUUAUCACAGAGGACUGCGGGCUAGACCAGAUCUGAAUGACUUCAGGCUCGGUGUACAGAAAGCUCAAGAAGCCAUUGAAAACACAAUCGGAGCGGUCAAAGUAGUGAAGAAAUCUGGUAAGCGCUCAUCAUCAAAGUCUUCAAGGCCAGUGCUAGGGCAACUGAUGUCGGAUAAAGUAUACCUUGAGAAUCUGAUAAAGAAUCCAGACUUGGCUAUAGCGGAUAAAAAGAACGAUAAGGUGUUGAAGCAAGCAGAAGAGGCUAUCAGGUUCUUAGAAAACCGGGAAGAAUUCUGGAGACAGCAACAGACUGCUGUGUAGUAAUUAUUUUAGUUUACAUCAACUCUUCGAGCGAUGCUUGGUACAUUAUUAGGUGUCCGUGGUUAAUACGUGCUUUAAGUAAUAAAGUUUUUCUCCUACCUACGCCGAAAGUUCGGUUUUCGUCCCGCUGUACAGGGAAGAAAGUGUAACUUUUCCUCCCGCUGUACAGGGAAGAAAGUGUAACUUUUCCUCCCGCUGUAUAGGGAAGAAAGUGUAACUUUUUCUCCCUGGGUGCAAGUGCGCAUGCGCGUUGUGUCUACGUGUGCUCUCACGCACCUAAAAUUCUCCGCCAUUGUUGUGCUCGGGUAAUUUGCAAUAUUGUGUUUAGUGUAAAAGUGAAAUAAGCAAAAGGUAAUAAAAUUUAAUAGUGAAGUAUUAAACAAAGAUGAGUUCAUCA